CUCAGUCACUCUCACUCACACUGCACACACACGGUCGGUCACACUCUUUUCUUCUCCACGCCGAUUCCGAUUCCGAUUCCGAUUCCGCGAUUCCGCCGAUUCCGAUUCCGCGAUUCCUCCGGUUCCGCGAUUCACACACGGUUGUAUCAUCAAAUCAAGCAAGCUCACGCGAUUCCGAUUCCGCGAUUCCGAUCAUCAAGCUCAGGCGAUUCCGAUUCUGGCAGCUGAAAUCACACAGGCUCAGCAACUCUGCUCAACACCUCUAUUUCUUCUUCUUCUUCUUCAUCGUUUUGGAGAGUGAGAAGAGAGGAAUACCUGUUGAAGCAAGUCGGCCGUAUUACUCGUCAGUCGCGGGCGGCGUUAGGGGCGAUGCUACAAGAGAUCGCUAAAAGAAAAUGAGUAUCAGGGGCUUUUAUAUGUUUAAGAUUCAGAGUGGAGUGUUUGCCGCUGCGGCGUUGUUGGUUGGUAGUGACGAGUAAUACGGCCGACUUGCUUCAACAGGGUUUUGUGAUUGUGAUAACCAUGGGAGGAGGAAGGAAGAAUUUGAAAAGGGCAACAGAGGAAAAACAUGUUACGCUUCAACAUGGACAAUGCAUCAUGCGUGUCGUCUCUCUUCGUGGUUCCAAUCUCAUUGAGAUUAUGGAUGCACGCGGUGAUAAAUCACUUGCUAUAUUUCCUGCUAAGUUUCAGAAAAGCAUGUGGAUUAAAAGAGGGAACUUUGUUGUAGUUGAUGAAAGUGGGAAGAAAGAGGCUCUUGAAUCAGGAAGCAAGGUUGGAUGUAUUGUUGUUCAAGUUCUUGUCUAUGAACAAGUCCGAGCAUUACAGAAAUCUCCAGAAUGGCCUGAAAUAUUUAAACAGGAUUUAAAAGUAAUAGCCACCGAGCAACAAGAGACUGAGACGGACAUAAGGGAUGAUGAUGAACUACCUGCAAUGGAAGACAAUACAAACAAGAUACAACCUUUUGAGCCGCCUGAAAUAUUUAAACAUGAUUCAAAUGAAAGAGCCACCGUGCAACAAGAGAAUGAGACAGACACAAGUGAUGAUGAUGAUGGACUACCUCCACUGGAAGCCAAUACAAACAGGAUACAACCUUUUGAGCUGUAUGAAGAUUUAGAAUCCAAUUCAGAUAAUGAUGAUUAUUUUGUUGGCUCCCAUAGUUCAACCAACACUAUGUAAAGAAUGCUCUUGCUUUGAAUCCAUGUGAUGAUUCUCUUGAGUAUUUAAAUGUUUGAACUCUACUUAGAAUCGAAUUUGAAUUAACUUGUCAAAUUAUAGAACACAAUCAUUUAUUUGAGUAAUUCUGUAAGUUUGUUUUUUGUUUGGAUAAAUCAAUGAGAACCACUGACAAGAAA